CCAAGUGAACACAACUUUGGUUCCUUGUGAACAAGUUGCAGGCGCUGGAACAACCAUGGGCCCGAAGUCGGGGUGAAGGGAUCAUAAAAUUCCUCAUCGGCGAGGUCGAAUUUCUUACACUGUUGAACCAUUCCCAUCAGCAGUGAUUGUAUCGCUCACUUUCUUGCCUGUGAAAAGGGCUUCAACGUGAAGCGUUAACUGUUCAAGAAGGAACUGCAGAUGUUGGAAAAUCGAAGGAGUUCAAGAUUUGCAGUGUUCUUAGACUAGCUUGUCACAGUUUACAAUGCCACUAGUUGAAAAGCAGUAUGCAAAAAGGGCACAGCCCACUCUGCAGGAACAUGGACAAAAUUGUGAUUUUCCACAGUCUAAACAAUUUCUGAGACCAACCACUCGAGUACCACCAAGAAAAGAACGAAUAGCAGAAGCAAGUCGUUUAGAAGUAAGGCAAAGGAGUCUGAAAGUCAGCAAAAAAGUCAUUAAUGAUUACAGGAAUUCAUACAGACACAACAUUUGCAUCGACAUGCUGCAGCAAGGUUAUCACAAGUCUUUUUCAGAGUUCACCACUCUGAUCCUAUAUUGGAAUGCUGUAAGGGAGAAUGCAGGCCCUGGGUCAGACAUAUGGAUGGAAGAACCAUUGAACAAACAGCUAAAUAAACUGGAUCAUCUUCAGUAUUUCCUUACUAGGGCUGAGGCAGCCGAAAGAGCAGGUUCGUUUGAGGAAGUCUAUAAUAAUCAACUUUCACUGGCAUGUUACUUUAAAAAGGUUGCCGACAAACUACUUUCAGAUCACUUCUUUGAAUCGUGCCUCUCCACCAGUAAAAUGAUCGUGCCAUGUGGGGGACAGAAAAUGGCAGAAGCAAAUGCCAAUAUAGGCACGGCCUAUGAGGAGAAAGGAGAGCUGGAUAAAGCUGCUGAGCAUUAUGAGAUAUUCCAUGAACUCACUGUAGGACAGACAUGGCAGGAUGAAAAUUGCUGCCUCCACUUUACACAUGCAUGUACGAACCUCUGGAGGAUUUACACAUCACUGGCAGACGAAAAGCUUGAAAGUGCACAAGACAAAGAGGCGAGGGAAUUUCUCAGAAAAGCUUAUGACAUAGCCAAGGAAGGGGGCGAUACGAAGAUGGAACUAGCAGCUCUGUAUCGAGUGGCUUUAGGUUACCUUAGUACUGGAGAUCCAGAGAGAGCAAUUACUUACUUACAAACAUAUUUGGAGCUGUCCAGUUCCAUAGAUGAUGAUGCUGGUUUAGGCAAAGCCUAUGAAGCUCUGGCAAUGGCCUUACUAAGCACAGGAAAUUCUUCUGAAGCUCUUGAAUACCUGAAAACAUUUUUGGGCCUGGCAGAGAAAAGCGGUGAUAAAUUGAGUUUGAUCGAUGCUUGCAGAUUCCUUGGGAUUAUGUAUAAUAAUCUAGGUCAGUAUGAUGUAGCCUGCGAGUAUAUUUGGCGAGGAUAUGAGAUUGGAAUGACCUUGGGUGAUAUCCAUUUGGUAGAGAUAAUGCAAGUUCACCACGGAAUCUACAAGGCUCACAUGAUGAUGACCUCAUAUUGUCACCACGUUGAGGCUGCUGGACAUGUGCAUCUUGAGCGCUUGGUGACAUGGAAGGAUAGUAGAUUAGACAUGUUCAAUGUCUCCAAAGCAGUAGAUCCUACUGCAAGCAGACUAUUUGACAGACGAUCACUCGGGGAAACAAAGAUAGCUUUUAAUGAAACUGCGGAUUAAGAAAGGCAAAUGCUGGAAAAAUAUAACGCUAGUUCACAACCUUCAUAAUGGUGGCACUUUUGUCAAUCUAAUUCAGAUGGUAUCAGUUCAAUCACCAAUGAAAAUAACAAAUGAUCACAAAUAAUCUUUUAUUUUUAAACUGUUUUAUUAAUUAAUUGUGCCCAAAUUGUGCAUGAUAUGUCAAUGUUUUCACCAUACAGGGGUCAGGUAGUGAUUAUUAAACUGGUCUGUUUUAA